AUGCUCAAUGAAACUCACCCAAUAUCUAAUCUCAAUGGCAAUGACUUAACAGCCAUUCUCACUGAAGAGUACCAUAUAGCAGCUUCAUCUGGCAGUUCGCGCACCGCCCUGUGCAGUCCACAUCACCGAAUUUCUUCAAAAAUAUCCACAACUCUUCUCAUCAUGUCUGCAUUUGGAGGCAACAAUGGCACCAAUCUGGGCACAGGAGGAGCGUCUCCGUUUCAGUUUACGCUGCUGAACCAGAAUCUGAAACCUGCUUUUGCUUUUGGGUCGUCAGCAACUUCCAAUAAUCAAUCCAACAACACAAACAACUCAAACACCAACAAUAAUACGACUACAAAUACUUCUGGUGGUCUCUUCGGCGGUUCUGGUUUCGGAUCGAACCAGGGGGGGGUUCGGAUCUGGGAGCACGGGCGGUGGAAAUGCGUUUGGAUCCACUAA